CCCCAGCCUCGCCACCCCCUUGCAUGCGGCGCCCGGGCUGCGGGAGCCGCUGGCCAUGGGCACGAAGCAGACCAAGGGCUGCCAGCCGGGCAGCGCCGGGGAGAGCCCCCCGGGCCACCACCGCAAGAAGGUGGCCCCCAGGGAAAGGGGGGAUUUCCUGGCUUCCCUCGUGGCGAAGUCCGGCGAGAAGUUCGGCAAGGGCGCUGGCCCCAGCUUGCCCCCGUACCACCGGCGGAUCUGCAUGAUCCAGGACAUGCUGCUGCUGGUCAAGCAGGGCAAGCAGGAGGAGGCCACCGAGCUGCUGAAGAACCUGCGGCAGGAUUUAGGGAUGGAGUCCACCUCUCUGGAUGAUGUCCUCUAUCGUUAUGCCAGCUUCCGAAACCUGGUGGAUCCCAUCACCCACGACCUCAUCAUCAGCCUGGCAAGAUACAUCCACUGCCCCAAACCAGAAGGGGACUCCCUGGGAGCCAUGGAGAAGCUCUGCAGGCAGCUCACCUACCACCUGAGCCCCCACUCGCAGUGGAGACGCCAGGGCAUCAUGAAGAGGAAGCCGCAGUCCUGCUUGAAGGCCGUGCUGAUGGGGAAGCCCCAGGACAACACCGUGGACUUGUCAGGCAUCCCCCUGACCCCGAAGGACGUGGAGAGGGUCACGUCCUACCUGGAGCACAGCUCGGAGCACAUCGACACGGUGGAGCUGUGCUUCACCGAGCUGACGGACGAGCUGCUGCUGCAGCUGCUGCCCGCGCUCUGCGGCCUGCCCCGCCUCACCACGCUGGCCCUCAACGGCAACCGCCUCACCAAGGCCAUCCUCAGGGACCUCACCGAGACCCUCAAGGACCCCAAGAAGUUCCCCAGCGUCACCUGGAUCGACCUGGGCAACAACGUGGAUAUCUUCUCGCUGCCCCAGCCCUUCCUGGUCAGCCUGAAGAGGCGCUGCCCCAAGCAGGGGAAUUUGCCGACCAUCCUGGAGUUUGGGGAGGGCCAGGUCAGUGAUGUGGAGGGGCAGGAGGGGCUGGGGGACAGCCAGGAGGAGCUGAGGGCCGGGCCAGGCCGGGCUGGCAGCACGGACUGGGAGCAGACAGACACGACGGCCGAGCCUGGGGAGCUCCCUGGCCCACAGCGAGGUGCUGCCACGCCACAGACAUGAUGUCCAGCCCUUGGGUGGGCACCUUGAGCAAGGAUGACUUAAAACCUCAGAGCUGGGGGGUCUGUUCCCACUCCGGGAUGCUCCAGGAGUCCCAGCUGCUGCCUUCCCCCUGUGCCACGAAUGUCAGUGAUUUUCUUCUCGAAGAACACAUAAAAGUGAUCACGUAGAGUGUUUGUAUUUUCUAACAGCUGGCCAGGUGUUCUGAAGCAUUAGUGGUGUGCUGUGCUUUUGGCUCUCUCAGAAAUGCGUCUCCAAGGGGCUGCAAAACCUCAGAAGGGCAAGAAAAGGGAGCAGGGAGGUGCCCAGGCUGUGCAGGGAAGGGCUCCCUUUCCUCAGUCCUGGAUCUCAGCUGCUCCCCACGUGUCAUGGACAGACAGCAGCCACCCCAAAGGGACCUGCCUGGGAUAAAUCCUUCCCACCCCUGACUUCAGGAAUCCCUGGUGAGAGGCAUGGCUGCUGAGACACAACAUAAACCUGCUCACACACAAACCAGGGGUCAAAAACCUGCUCACACACAAACCAGGGGUGAAAAAUCUGCUCACACACAAACCAGGGGUGUUCCUCUCAGUAGUGUGAGCCCAGCCCAGAGGGAGAGCUUUGUUUUCCUGGGGCAGGGUUAAAUCCCAGCCUGCAGCGUGCCUGGACAUCACCCUCACCUCCAGCCUUACCAAAACCAGGCUGGCAGCUGUGCCUGCCCAGGAUUUAUCCAGUAAAACCCAGUUUCCCACCAGAUGUAAAAACUCCUGAGCUUUUAACGGGAGAAUCUGAUCCAUUCUGGGAGGGACACACAAAUCCUGGAGUCAGGGCUCAGAAGCAUCACUGACAAAAAGAGACCAUGAUACUGAAGGGUUAAAAAGGGUAAAACAAGCCUGGGGUUCAUCCCCUCUGUCACUGCCACACAGCCAGCUGGGAUUUAAAGCCCCAGAAAACCUUGGGCUCACUUGGCCAUGGCUGUCACCCCCUGGACCAGAAGUGCUUUGUUCCUGAAACGUUCCAGCUUUUUCUGAGACAGAGAUUUGGGUUUCUUUUCGGUGGGACAUGCAUCACCCCAGAGCAGCAGUGCUGGAAUGUGCACUUUGGCUUUUUGGAACCAGAACUUCACUGGAUCCCAGACCUGGGGGAGGGCAGGAAAGUGGGGAAAACUUCCUCUCCCUGGUGUUCCAAGGAGCAGAGCUGACUCCCUUUGCAGAGGGAGCCUCUUUGCCCCAAGCCCUUCCCCUGAGCAGCUCCCAGCAGUGACUCCAGCUUGGCUUUUUUCGGGUGCAAAAUGGGACUUUUGGUCCCAUUGGCUCUGUCCAUUUUCCCAGAGGGGCUUCAGGCUGCCAGUGGUCGGUUGUCCUCCAUUUGCAAGAAGGUAACUUAGAAAAAACUCUGCUACUUUUAAUACAUUUGGCAACAGUCGGUAUGAUUUGCAUGUAUCCAAGCCUUUUUUCCUUUUUUUUUUUUUUAAUUCUAAUUCUUUCCAACAGGCAUGAAAAAAAAAAAAAAAACUUUCCAGUGAAUAUGGAAUAUUUCUGUUUGAAAUAAAGGAGCUAUCCAUAAACAAAAUAAAUGAUAAUGUUUAAUAAAGA